AUGGUGCAUGUUCGAAUAUUUGUUAUAGAAGUGAGCGCUGGUUUUAUCUAUAGGGCAUACUCUAAUCUGUUAUGUAGGAAAGGCCAAGAUGCUUUAAAUGUCGCCAGACAAGCGUGUGACAUAGAUGAAGUAACUUUCAGCACUGCAUUUAUUGAUACCGAAUUACGACACAACCCUGUCGACGAGGAAUCCAUCUUAAAACUCGCACAAGCUGCUUCAAAUCUUCUUCAAGCAGACCUAUCAACAUGUCUAAAUCAGUUGGGUCGGGAGUAUGUAAAGUUAUGUCUGACAGAAUACGGCAAAGCUCUUGGCAUGAUGGGAAGUAAUAUGGUGGAAUUUUUCAGUAACUUAGAUGGAUUACAUGAGGAAAUUUGUAAAGCCCCGCAGUUCAAGAAUCAAACCCCACCUUCAUUUCGAUGUGAAAAUAAAUUGAACAAUGUCGAUAUGCAUUUUUAUUCUGACAAGCGUCGUCUGUUAUCUUAUUAUGCAGGAAUUGUUCAAGAAAUAGCUGAACUUUUAUGUCAAGUGCAGAUUGACUUAGUUAUUCAGCCAAGCGAAUCGCCUUCCGGAAUUCAUCAUGUCUUUCAUAUAAAUUCUUCACAACAACGCAACAGUAACAAUAACUGCACGAUAUGUGUUCAUCAAUCGACAUAUUCGAGCAAACCGUCCGAUUUAAAGAUUGGGGUAUCCACUUUUUGUGAGGCUUGCCCUUUUCAUGUGAUAAUAGACAGAAAUCUAAAAAUAGUACAGCUUGGAAAAUCUCUCAUGAAAGUCAUAGUCUGUGACAUUCAAACAAAAGGUUUGAACUUUGAAACCUACUUCAGCAUUACUAGACCUAAGCUAGACCAAAUAACAUUCUCAGCACUACUUUCAAGGGUGAAUUUCUCAUUUGUAUUGGAGAGUAAAUGCGGAUCAAAGUUGCAGCAGCACAUGCAAUUGAAAGGACAAAUGAUAUACCUUCAAGAAUCAGACAGCAUCUUAUUUCUUGGUUCUCCCAGCAUUGAGAAAAUAGACGAACUAAUAGCACGUGGUCUUUAUAUAUCUGAUCUUCCAAUUCAUGAUGCAACGCGGGAUCUUAUUCUUGUCGGUGAACAGACAAAAGCACAGGAUGGGUUGAAGAAAAGAAUGGAACAAAUGAAGAGAAGCAUUAUAGAAGGAACUGAAGCUGUAGAAGCAGAGAAAAAGAAAAACGUCGAACUCUUACACAUGAUAUUUCCGGAAAAGCUUGCUUCUAGGCUGUGGAGAGGCGAAACAAUAGAACCGAUGAAGAUUGAUGAAGUGACGAUGUUAUUCAGCGAUAUCGUUGGUUUUACUGCUAUUUGUUCUUCAUGUACUCCGCUCACCGUGAUAAAUAUGCUGAAUUCUCUAUAUACACAAUUUGACCAUUUCUGUGGAGAUCUUGACGUGUACAAGGUAGAAACAAUUGGAGACGCUUAUUGUGUUGCUGGAGGGCUGCAUCGUCCUUCCAAAUUUCAUGCCCAGCAAAUAGCUUGGAUGGCAAUAAGAAUGAUGGACACUGCCUGUAAAGAAAAAUCACAUGAUGGGAACACGAUUAGGAUGCGGAUUGGAUUACAUAGUGGGUCGGUGUUGGCAGGAAUUGUUGGUGUACGCAUGCCCAGAUAUUGUUUGUUCGGAAACAAUGUGACAUUAGCAAACAAAUUUGAAUCUGGAAGUGAAGCAACCAAAAUUAACAUUAGUCCUACAACAUACAGUUACAUUGAAAAUGUUGAUGGGUUUAAGUUCACUCCAAGGUCACGAGAAGACUUACCUGCUGGCUUUCCUGAAAAUAUUCCUGGUGUCUGUUACUUCCUCGAUGGAUACAAUUAUCCUGGAGCUUCAAAGGACAAAGAUGUUGACCAUAUCACACUUGCGUUGAAAACAUUGCCAAUUUGCAAUGAAACAAAAACGUAGGAUAUCAAAUAGAAAUUAUGCAAUAGUCAACGGGUAAUAUAAAACUUUGAAUACAAUGUUGUGGAUCGUAACCGAUUGGUGUUUACCCAACGAGUUGUCUGGUGAUAUUCGAUUUGAUAGUGUGAAUGAUUUGUUUUUAAUAAAAGCAUCGUUUACAAAAUUACUGUUUGUUAGAACAUGAAAUUGUAGGUAGUGUUAAACCAAUAUUAGAUGUGUAUAUUAAGAUUUAAACACCAAAAUACUCCUGCCGUAGCUUUAAGUUAUUGGCUCCAAAAAGGCAGGGAAAAAAACUACAGUUUAACAUAAAAAUAUUCAAACAGUAAAACAAUAAACGUUUAAAUGACAUCCACACAAAAAGUUAAUACCAGAAACGUUUUAUACUCCUAAAAUCCGUAAAUGUGAUGAAAUGUGAAUAUGUGAAUUUUCUUUUCUUUUUUGUUAAUUUAGUUAAUUGUGUGAUAAAUAUUUUGUAUUCUUUUUAUAUUAUUUAUUAUUUAAAAUAUGAUAUUAUAGUUUAUAGAUUAAAAAAUAUGAAUAUAAUUUAUAAAUCAUGUUAUGUAUAUUAUAGUUUUUAUUUAAACUACUUAGUUUAUAUACUUGUUUGCAUUUUGUAAGUUGUAAUAGAACAGUCGACAAUCAUAUAUGUAUACUAUUUAAAUAUAUGACACUUUUUAAAGCAUAUAAUAAAUUAGUAUUUUAAAACAUUGUACAAUGUAUAUUAUGAAAUAUUUGUUUGGUUCUCCUUUGCAAACAUUCAUUUUUAUAUAAACUGUGAAUAACUUUCAUACAUGUUUAUGAUUUGCUCGCCAGUCAAAGAGUUUGGGAAAAAGCUGCGAGUUUGUUAUACAUAAGAUUAGUUGAGGGAUAUUUCAAUAUCAUGGAUAGAUAGUUCACAGCUCAUGUUGCGCUUUUUUUUGUCUUCAACGCUCUUCAACUUCGUACUUUGUUUUGCUUUUUUUUUUUUUAACUUUUUUGAUUCGGGCGUCAUUGAUGAGUCUUUUUUAGACGAAACGCGUGUCUGGCGAACAAAAGUUAAAGUCUGGUUUCUAUGAUGAGUUUAUUUAACAAUAAGGAUAUUUUACCCUUAAUUUCAUUUUUCGUAUUGACUUUUUGAAAAGAAUAAAAAAACCUUUGAAUAUUUAACACGUCUUAAUAUUUGGUCAUUGCAUCAAAAAACUUUGUUAAUACUUAGUCUUUCUACUCACUUCAUUUAAUAAUUGUUUAACCUGUCGACGCAUCUUAUCUCGCUCCUUUUGAAGUUCAUUCGAUUUCCUCAGUUUUUUAUGUUUACCUUGAUUUUUAUCUUCUUAAUUGAUUUAUGAGACUUAAACAUCGGUUAACUACUGUUGCCUCUAAACUACUUCCUCCUUUAAUUUUAAUGUUGAAUGAUUUUUCUUGCAUUUAGGGAAUGUCCAUUCAUCAUAAUGUGUCUUAAAAGAUAGUGUUACACAAUUUUUUUUUCCAUUUUUUUUAAAGAAUAUUUAUUAUACUUUAUGAUGUCCAUUCAAGAUUAUGUUAUGGUCGGUGAACUAAAUUAUAAAGAAAUAACUCUAUUUAUAUUGUUUGUAUUUGUCUUCUUAAAAAGAAUAAAUAACUGACAAAAAGUUACUAAUUCAAAGUUAUAAGGGGUGAAAAAAGACAAUACUCUAUUUAUUAACCGUAAUAACAUGUUCAUUUUUAGUUUUCAACACUGAAUUUGAUUAAUACAAGAAUAUAUAUUUCAAGAUUGAAUACCUUAAAAUCGUAUAGCAUGAACACUUAGGUACGUAUAUGUAUUUUUCUUUUCUGACCAUUAUUACGUUUUUUUUGUAAUUUAUAAAAAUAAAGAUAAAUAAUUUCUUCCUGUCUUGAUGAUGGAGUCAAGGUUUA